UUUUUUUGGGUCCUAGUAUAAAGAGAGAUACAAUAAUUAACCUUUAAAGGGCGCUGCUUAAUUAGAAAAAUGAGAAACAACAACUUUUCCUCUUUUCUAAAGUCGUUGCUUGUGCUUCUUCUUCACCUUGUCUUCUUGAGUCAGCAAAAUGUUAAUUCUGCCUCUAUCGUCAAGUUUCUUCCUGGUUUUGAAGGCCCUCUUCCAUUUGAGCUUGAAACCGGGUAUAUUGGUAUUGGUGAGGAAGAGGAAGUGCAACUGUUCUACUACUUCAUCAAAUCUGAGAGGAACCCAGAAGAAGACCCUCUUCUUCUCUGGCUAAGUGGAGGACCUGGCUGCUCUUCCAUCUCUGGCCUUCUUUAUGAGAAUGGGCCUCUGAAGAUGAAGCUUGAUGUUUACAACGGAACUCUCCCUUCUUUGGUCUCUACUACAUAUUCAUGGACAAAGACCUCGAGCAUUAUAUUCUUGGAUCAGCCUGUUGGAACUGGUUUCUCCUAUUCAAGAACCACACAGUCUAAUAAACCCAGUGACUCAGGAGAAGCCAAACGGAUCCAUGAGUUUUUGCAGAAGUGGCUAGGCAAGCAUCAAGAGUUUUCCUCCAACCCUUUCUAUGUCACCGGAGAUUCUUAUUCCGGUAUGGUUGUUCCAGCUACCGUUCAAGAAAUAUCAAAAGGAAACUAUCAAUGCUGCAAUCCUCCAAUAAAUCUCCAGGGCUAUGUGCUCGGCAACCCGUUAACAGACUUUGCAACUGAUACUAAUCACCGCAUUCCAUUUGCUCACGGAAUGGCCCUGAUCUCUGAUGAACUCUACGAGUCUUUGAAGAGAGUCUGCAAAGGAGACUAUGGUCACGUUGAUCCACGUAACACAGAAUGCUUGAAACUCAUUGAAGAAUAUAAUAAGUGUAUAAGCAGAUUAUACCGAUCAUUUAUAUUAUUUCCGCUGUGCGAAACUGAAACUCCAAAUUGCUAUAUUUAUCGGUAUUUUCUAACUACCCACUGGGCCAAUGACGCUGCUGUGCGGGAAGCUCUUCAAAUCAAUAAGGAGAGUAUAGGGGAAUGGGUACGAUGUUAUUUCGGUAUGCCUUACACUAAUGACAUUAAAAGUAGCAUACCUUACCAUAUGAAUAACAGCAUCAGUGGUUAUCGUUCUCUCAUCUUCAGUGGUGAUCACGAUAUGGAAGUACCUUUCCUUGCAACUCAGGCUUGGAUAAGAUCUCUCAACUAUUCCGUCAUUGAUGAGUGGAGGCCAUGGAUGAUCAAAGAUCAAAUCGGGGGAUAUACAAGGACUUAUGCAAAUAAAAUGACAUUUGCUACUGUCAAAGGAGGUGGACACACAGCAGAGUAUAAACCAGAUGAAACCUUUAUCAUGUUCCAAAGGUGGAUCAAUGGCCAACCUCUAUAAAAGAACAGAAAGUGUUAAAAUAAAGGACGUUACAAGUCGUGGACGGGAUUAUCUUACUCGAAUAAAAAAACCUCAUUUGAUUUGAUUAUUUUUUAUAUUAAUUAUAGCUUGACUAGGUAUCUCGUGUUUAACGUUGAUUGAUUUAUCUAUAUUUACAUUUUUUAAAAUAUAUCUAUAUAUAUAAAGUUAUCUUUUUCUCUCUUCUGGUGCAGUCACGUCAGCACUCAUUAUUUAAUAUUUUGGGUUUUUUGGAUUAAACUUAGCCCAAAGUUUUUGCAGGCCCACAUGUUUUUCUAUCCUAUGGAUUUAAGUUAACCUAUUUUUGUCUCAUUUCCCCACCGUCGACGAUGCUCCAUCUCCACCGGUUGCUCUUCUUCUUAACUCACGAUCCAUGGCGUUUCACCAUUUGAUGCGAAUUCAAGGCUUACAGUCCUCUACACUGUCGCUUAUUCUUCCAUGUCUUUCAUCACAAUUACUACGGUUUCGUUCCUAACUGUUAAUUAUGAUCUUCCAUCUUCUCUGAGUUAAUGGACAGUCCACUACUUCUUCCUUAAAUUGUCGAUUCUCCGUUUCUGGCCUGCUCGAAAAGUUAAAAAAUGUGGGACAACUCAUGGGUGUUGAUUUCCUUCUCAUUGACGAAAAGGCUCCAUUUACGUCACCCACCUUCCUAAAUUCGAACAUGCUCUGCGUGAUCGAGCUAUGUAUAUAAUAUCCGCCUUUGACGUCACUAGAAGCAACACCCAUGUCAAAUUGUCGGAUUUCCACUUUUAUAUACGGUUCACACCAGCCACUUUUUUUGAAGAGGUAGAAGAGUCUUUCUGUGUUAUUCCAAAAGAGUUUUUCCGCUUAAGGACUCAUGAAGAGUUAGUGUCACUGGCGAACACCAAUACGGAGCUCCCAGAUGUCAUGGGCGAAGUAGUUUCCACCAAAACUAAUGGGAUGUCACAAACUUUGGAGAGGAUGUUAGUCCAUCUGCGUCUUGAAAGUGGUCAGAAUGUCCGUCUAAGUGCAUUUGACGACCAGGCAACCUCAUUGGAGAAGGUCUUUAGCAAGAAUGAUGAGGGGACUUAUAUACUCUUAGCGACCAAUAUAAACCCAAA